AGGCGAGGAAGAAGGAAGCCGAAAUUCGCACAUCGUUGUCUGUAAAUUUUAGGAUAGCGUUUGCCUCUCGUGGUGAAAAAACACUAAUUCGUUCUAAGUGGCUUCCUUGCCCAUUUAGAUGUAGCGUUGUAUCAGACUGGGGUGUUUUUACGAUUUGGACAUUGUUCCUUGAAGAUUUUUUUUGAGACGUGUGCGAUCCAUAUUUCGGGAUCGCCGCCAUCUUGACGAAUGGUUUUUGAUGACAAAGAUCCGAUAAAGGCGACAGUAAUGGCGCAAAUUCGGGAUACAACAGGACUAGCAGAACUUGCCCACAGAGAGUAUCAGGCUGGAGAUUACGGCCAUGCAGAACAGCAUUGUAUGCAACUGUGGCAGCAAGAACCAGACAACACAGGCGUCCUGCUCUUGCUAAGUUCUAUCCACUUCCAGUGCAGACGUUUGGAAAGAUCUGCAUAUUUUAGCCAACUUGCCAUAAAACAGAACCCAAUGUUGGCAGAAGCUUACUCAAAUCUGGGGAAUGUGUACAAGGAGAGGGGUCAACUCCAGGAGGCUCUUGACAACUACAGACAUGCAGUUAGGUUAAAACCAGACUUCAUUGAUGGCUACAUCAAUCUGGCUGCUGCAUUGGUGGCUGCAGGUGACAUGGAGCAAGCGGUCCAGGCAUAUGUUACUGCCCUGCAGUAUAAUCCAGACCUGUACUGUGUUCGGAGUGACUUGGGAAAUCUGCUUAAGGCUCUAGGAAGGCUAGAGGAAGCCAAGGCUUGUUAUCUUAAAGCAAUUGAAACACAGCCCAACUUUGCUGUUGCGUGGAGCAAUCUAGGCUGCGUCUUCAAUGCUCAAGGGGAGAUUUGGUUGGCCAUUCACCAUUUUGAAAAGGCUGUGGCAUUGGACAACAACUUCUUGGAUGCUUACAUAAAUCUGGGAAAUGUGUUGAAAGAAGCCAGGAUUUUUGACAGGGCAGUGGCUGCGUAUCUUCAGGCAUUAAAUUUAAGUCCUAACCAUGCAGUUGUCCACGGGAACUUGGCCUGUGUAUAUUAUGAGCAAGGACUGGUUGAUUUGGCUAUCGAUACUUACCGCAGAGCAAUUGAGCUGCAACCAAAUUUCCCAGAUGCUUACUGCAACUUAGCUAAUGCUCUGAAGGAAAAGGGACAGGUUUCUGAGGCUGAGGACUGUUACAACACAGCAUUACAGUUAUGUCCCACCCAUGCAGAUUCCCUCAACAACUUGGCCAACAUCAAGCGGGAGCAGGGGAACACAGAGGAGGCUGUGCGUCUUUACUUCAAGGCAUUGGAUGUUUAUCCAGAGUUUGCUGUUGCUCACUCAAAUCUAGCCAGUGUGCUUCAGCAACAAGGCAAACUCCAUGAAGCUCUGAUGCAUUACAAAGAUGCCAUCAGGAUUUCUCCAACCUUUGCUGAUGCGUACUCCAACAUGGGGAAUACCCUGAAGGAGAUGCAGGAUGUUCAGGGAGCUCUCCAGUGCUACACCCGUGCUAUUCAGAUUAACCCAGCCUUUGCGGAUGCUCACAGUAACCUCGCCUCUAUACACAAGGAUUCUGGAAAUAUCCCAGAGGCUAUAGCAUCAUACAGAACUGCUUUGAAGUUAAAACCAGAUUUUCCAGAUGCUUAUUGCAACCUUGCUCACUGUCUACAGAUUGUGUGUGACUGGACAGACUACAGUUCACGUAUGAAGAAGCUGGUAGCUAUAGUACAGGAUCAGCUGGAGAAAAAUCGUCUUCCAUCUGUCCAUCCCCACCACAGUAUGCUCUACCCCCUGUCCCAUAACCAACGCAGGGCCAUUGCCUCACGCCAUGCCAACCUCUGUUUGGAAAAGAUCAAUGUGCUACAUAAACCUCCCUAUCAGCAUGUGAAGGAUAUGGUGGCCAGUAAUGGUCGACUACGUGUAGGAUAUGUCAGCUCAGACUUCGGCAACCACCCAACAUCUCACCUGAUGCAGAGUAUCCCAGGCUUACAUUCAAAGGAAAACAUUGAGGUGUUCUGCUAUGCACUCAGUCCGGAUGAUGGCACCACUUUCAGAACAAAGAUUGCUUCAGAGGCUGAGCAUUUUGUCGAUUUGUCUCAGAUCCCAUGUAAUGGUAAAGCUGCUGACAGAAUCCAUGCUGAUGGAAUCCAGAUUCUUGUCAACAUGAACGGUUAUACUAAGGGUGCUCGUAAUGAGCUAUUUGCAUUGAGGCCUGCCCCAGUUCAGGUGAUGUGGCUUGGUUACCCAGGUACAAGUGGCGCUCCUUUCAUGGACUACAUCAUCACAGACCAGGUCACAUCUCCAUCUGAAUAUGCAGACCAGUACUCUGAGAAGUUAGCCUACAUGCCGAACACUUUCUUUAUUGGAGAUCACUGGCACAUGUUCAGCCACAUGUUAAACAAAGUCGUCAUAGAGGAAGUCAGUGGCACAGCUGUAUCUGACAACAACUGUGUUGUUAAUGGGCUAGACCUUGAACCUUUGAAAAACAUUGCUACAAGCAUAAGGGAAAUGAAACAGAAGCCACUGAAGGGUGAUGACGUGAAUGGGCCAGGUGAGGAAGUGGUGACAUCUGUGGUGACGUUACCAGACAAUGGUACCAUACAAGCCAUGGCCCAGUCAGCUCAGACUCAGGCUAACGUCAAUGGAGUGGUGCUACAGAACGGACUCACCACCAACCAGACCAAUAAUAAAGCUGCCACUGGUGAAGAAGUCCCUCGUUUGCUAAUGGUUACCAGCAGAAGUCAGUACGGACUGCCAGAGAACCAUGUGGUCUACUGUAACUUCAACCAGCUGUACAAGAUAGACCCCGCCACGCUGCAGAUGUGGUCUAACAUCCUGAAGAGCGUACCUAACAGUGUGAUCUGGCUGCUGCGCUUCCCUGCAGUCGGGGAGCCAUACCUGAUACAGGCUGCAGCUCAAUAUGGUCUACCUGCUAACAGGAUUGUCUUCUCACCUGUUGCCCCUAAGGAGGAGCAUGUAAGACGAGGCCAGCUGGCGGAUGUUUGUCUAGAUACCCCUCUGUGUAAUGGACACACCACAGGCAUGGAUGUUCUGUGGGCAGGAACACCCAUGGUCACCUUACCAGGGGAAACACUAGCUUCACGGGUUGCAGCAUCUCAGCUGCAUACACUAGGCUGCCCUGAACUAGUGGCCAAGACUAAGGAAGAUUAUGAGAGUAUUGCCAUCAGGCUGGGCACAGACAGAGAAUACUUGAAGGCAGUGAGAGCCAAAGUAUGGAAUGCGCGGCAAACAAGUCCUCUGUUCAACUCCCAGCAGUACGCCAGAAAUAUGGAAAGUUUAUUUCACCAGAUGUGGGAGCGUUACCAUGGUGGUCUAUCUCCAGACCACAUAUUAUCAGACAUGUAACUUUGUGAAAAAGUGAAUCAGGAACAGUGAAAUGUGUUCACAAAAAUCUGGCAUGUAAACACCAGUUAGAGCUCCGUUUGCAGUGGAAGUCUUGUGUUGUCACUUAACAGUCUUUUAUUUAUUUGUAAAUAAUUAGGCAGGAACAGACGCAUUUGGGUUUUUUCUUUUAUUCAGGGUGAACACUUUACUCUCCACUGGUCUUUGUUUUUAACCUCUGUUGACUGAUGCCAAUUGUGAUUUAAUAGUGCAGAAUGAGACUAAGUGAUACUGAUCUACUUUGCUAAUUUAGGGGCUUUGAUAUAUAAAGAUAUAUAUAUAUAUAUA